GGGAAAUUUGAGAUUAUGAACAUGGACAUGAAGGUGGGGACAACCCUGAAGAUCAAGGGCAAGAUCGCAGACCAUGCUGAUGGCUUUGUGAUUAAUCUGGGCCAGGGGACAGAUAAACUGAACCUGCAUAUCAACCCACGUUUCGAUGAAUCCACCAUCGUCUGCAACUCACUGGAUGGCAACAGCUGGGGGCAGGAGCAACGGGACAGUCACAUGUGCUUCAGCCCAGGAUCAGAGGUCAAGCUCCUCGUGACCUUCGAGAACAACGAAUUCAAGGUGAAGCUGCCAGACGGGCACCAGUUGACCUUUCCCAACAGGCUGGGCCACAACCACUUGAGCUACCUGAGUGUGCAGGGUGGGUUCAACGUCUCCUCCUUCAAGCUAGACUGA